AUGACAUCUACGGUGGUGACGGCGACUACUUCGGUGGAAGCGGCAGAGUCGUCGACCGCGAGUACGACGGAGACGGUGGUUGCAGCGACGGCAUCAACGGCAGAGGUAAUCGCUGUGCCUCCGUCAGUUGUGUCGGGGGCUUUCAUUUUGCCACUAGAGCCUGCGACCACCGAGAUCGUAACCAUCUCCCUGCAGAUCCGUCGAGCCCUGGAAUGCCCAAUAGUCUUGCAUGCUGACGCUGUUGAACACCAGCACUACCUGUGCUCGCUGUUCCGGACGUCGAUGGUGCAGUCCUCUUACAUGUCGGCCAUGGUCAUUAAACUGCCUGAGGCAACUCCGUUGGUGAAGGUGGCGUGCUCAAACUGGUCGUUCAGGUGCCCCGAUCUGGUUCCCGUUCGACCCGUUAACGAACAUGAGUCCGUGUGUCGGUCCGGUCGCAUGGAGAUAAGUUGGUUCCGUCGGUACAAUAGCAACAGCCAGGUCCGAAACCAUCCAUCCUCGACUUGA